AUGCGUGUCGAAAAGUGCUAUUUUUGCUCGAAAAGCGUAUAUCCUGGUCAUGGUUCGGCUUUUGUGAGAAAUGAUGCAAAGGUUUUCCGUUUCUGCACCUCAAAAUGUCAUAAGAACUUUAAAAUGAAGCGUAACCCUCGUAAAGUGAGAUGGACGAAGGCUUUCAGGAAAGCAGCUGGAAAAGAAAUGACCAUCGACUCAACAAUUGACUUUGAGAAGCGGAGAAAUGUUCCUGUACGCUACGACCGCGAACUCGUCCAGACCACGAUCAAGGCCAUGAAGCGGGUGGCAGAGAUCAAAGCGAGGAGGGAGCAUGCUUUCUGGAAAAACAGAAUGCUACAAAACAAGGAGAAGGUUCGCGCACACCGGAAAAAGACCAUGGAAUCGGUCAAGCUCCUCCAGCCAGUGUCAACCUCACCAUCCGCAGAGAAGGUCAAGGAGAAAAUCAAGGUUCCCACAAAAUCGAGAAGCGCACUCAUCGGAGGGGAGGGGCGUUCUAUGGGCAUGGAUAUCGAUGGUUGA